UAAAGAUUGGUUUUGAGCAUUUGCUGUAUUACUGAGCAUGACAAUAUAUGCAAAGUUUCUAGUUUUAUAAGAACUUGCAAAUACCAUAGUGCGUAAUGCACAGCAAUUUCAGAAUCAGGACUACACUUCAACCUUCAAAUCCACACUUUAUCAGCGGUUUUUACUGUCAUCAGCAAACUGGUUUUGGUUCAGAAAGCCUGUCUCUUUAAAACUAACAAGGAUGAAAGCAAUUCAAUUGAUUACCCUGGCACUACUCGCAGACAGCCUUGGGGGCACAAUCACAAUCAACUCUCUGCCAACAAUGGGUUCAGAAGAAACAAAUUCAGACACAUCAACUUCAUUUCAUAACUCAAGUAAUUCUAUACAGCCCUGGUUAAACACAACUACAUCAACCAUAACAAAUGCACCUUCAAGUGAUCUCCCUAGCGACACUUCUUUCUUAACCAAUACACCUUCUACCACUUCACAGUUCACAUCAGAAGUUUCAAGUGAAGUACAAUCAAUUCAGAGUGCCACCUCUCCACCAACUUCACACUUGACGACAAAACAUGAGAGCACCAAGUCAACCUUGAUGACAACAAUCACCAGCAAGUCAACCACUAAACAGCUAAAUAAUGGGACUGCAGCACGAAUUAUCGCUUACAUCAUUGGUGGCGCAUUGCUGCUAAUGUUGAUCAUAAUAUGUGUCCUUUUGCUGAGGAAAAGAUGUGCAAAAAGGCCUUCAGAGGACCAGUCAUGGGCAGGAACCUGUCCAAGUCCCACUGAAAUGGAUCUACAUGCAUUUGAGGUUAAUGAUAACAAUGUUGCUCCAACAAAACGCCCCUCACUCACCACCUUCUUGUCUAAAAAAUCAAAACGCGAAUCCUUACUUGAUCAUCAAAGCAUGCAAGAGUCUGAAGGAGUUGUCAAUACUUCUUCGCCUGAGAUUGAAGAAAAGCUCAUUGAGCCUGAAGUCAAAGUAGAAAAUGAAACUGCAAAAGACAUUCAACCAAGUGAAACACAUAACCAAGAUUUUAAACCACCAAAUCCUCUUGAAGCACAAACUUCAGUGAAUGAUCAUGAACCAGCUGCUUCAUCACCUGCAACAGAUACAGACGGUCCUGCCCCAGCUCAGGAGGUUCCCGAGUUAGAUCAAAGUAUCUCCUUUCCCCAUCCUCCAGAUGAUUUUCUGGAUUUUGUAAACAAUUCUGAUAAUCCACCACCAUUGUUGGAGCUACAAGUCUAAAGAACAAGGUAUUAGUUUUAUCUUCCACAACUGCAAAGCAAUUAUACAUAUACACGGCACGGUGGCUCAGUGGUUAGCACUGCUGACUCCCAGCACCAGGGUCCCAGGGUCGAUUCCAGCCUCAGG